GUAGCAGAGAAGCAGCGUUCACAUAUGCCAUCAUUGCUGCUGGAGUGGCCCACGCAAUCACGGCUGCCUGUACGCAGGGGCACCUGAGUGACUGUGGUUGUGACAAAGAAAAACAAGGACAGUACCAUAAAGAGGAAGGAUGGAAAUGGGGAGGCUGCUCUGCUGACAUCAGAUACGGAAUAGGAUUCGCCAAAGUGUUCGUGGAUGCCCGGGAGAUUAAGCAAAACGCCAGGACGCUCAUGAACCUGCACAACAACGAGGCCGGGCGGAAGAUUCUGGAAGAAAACAUGAAGUUAGAGUGCAAGUGCCAUGGGGUUUCAGGAUCCUGUACCACUAAAACAUGCUGGACAACACUGCCUAAAUUCCGGGAGCUGGGCUACAUCCUUAAGGACAAAUACAACGAAGCUGUUCAAGUCGAACCGGUGAGAGCAAGUCGUAACAAGCGCCCAACUUUCCUCAAGAUAAAGAAGCCACUUUCCUAUCGCAAACCCAUGGAUACAGAUUUAGUGUACAUAGAAAAAUCUCCCAAUUAUUGUGAAGAAGACCCUGUCACUGGCAGCGUGGGAACGCAGGGAAGGAUGUGCAACAAGACAGCCCAGCAGUCCAACGGCUGCGAUCUGAUGUGCUGUGGUCGAGGUUACAAUACACACCAGUACUCAAGAGUGUGGCAGUGCAACUGCAAAUUUCAUUGGUGCUGCUAUGUUAAAUGCAACACGUGCAGUGAAAGAACAGAAGUAUAUACCUGUAAGUGAGUACGGGGCCAGGCAGGCUGACGCGUCCCUGCCCACGAAUACAUUUGCACAUGCACUCAACAUACCUACACAAGACUGUAGGAAAGACCUGCUCUCCCAGAAGAAAUGCUGAUGAAUGGAGCC